AGAACACGAUGCACGACUCACGAUCUUAUACAUUUUUGUUCGAACAGCCGUUCGCGAUCGUAUUCGAGAUUUUGUUCUUGAAAAUCCUCCUUCUCAUAAAAAAAUCUAACCCCGGUUUGAGGAAGAUUGGAUUAAUCGGUUCUUAAUUCAGCUCUAUUGUUUGAUUUGAUUGAUGAUUUACAUCGGGACCAGCGUUCCCGUGACGAAGAUCCCGCGGUUGCACCUUCACGAGACGACGAAGAGGAAUCUAGGGUAUUCCGGUGAUACAGUUUCGAUGCCAUCUGCGAUUAUAGAUGCGAGCGGCGUGGGAACGGCGAGGCCGCUGAUGCUGACUUCAGGAGCGAGCGGGCGGGUUAGGGCUUUGUUUUCGCUCCGUGCCCUAAGGAGCCUUCAGCUACUUCUCAAUGGGAUACUGUUGCUGUUGCUGCUGCCGUUCCGAUGGCGGACGAUGGAGAAAAAACAAGAGGCGGCGGUGUUGGUGGGAAGAAGAUGCGGGGAGGAGAAGAAGAAGGGGGUUGUAGUUAGGAUUCCGGCGGCGAUGGUACCGCGGCGGCCGAGGGAGCUAGAGGGAGCGGCGAGAAGAGCUAUGGCGAUUAGGAGGAUCGGAUUGAGAGAGGAAGGAGAAGAAGGGAGGAGCGUUAGGGAUUUCGCCUUUUUUACCACGGAGAGAGGCGAUACGCUCUUCACGCAGUCAUGGACGUCGGUUUCCAUUCGAACCAGGGGAUUGAUGGUUCUUUUGCAUGGCCUGAAUGAGCACAGUGGAAGAUAUGAUCACUUUGCAAAGCAGCUGAACGAAAGCGGAUUAAAAGUUUAUGCCAUGGAUUGGGUUGGGCAUGGUGGAAGUGAUGGGCUGCAUGGCUAUGUCCACUCUCUUGAUUAUGCUGUCAAUGACUUGAAAGCCUACUUGGACAAGGUUUUAACAGAAAAUCCUGGGCUUCCAUGUUUUUGCUUUGGACACUCUACAGGCGGUGCUCUUGUCCUUAAGGCAAUACUAGACCCAAAGGUUGAAUCCCGUGUCAAGGGUAUGGUGCUGACAUCUCCAGCCAUUCGUGUUCAGCCGUCCCAUCGCAUUGUUGCCGCUGUUGCGCCAAUCUUCUCGCUCUUAAUCCCAAGAUACCAAUUCGGCGCCGCAUAUAAGAAGGGACCGCCAGUUUCCCGUGAUCCUGAAGCCUUGAAGGCUAAGUACUCCGAUCCCCUCGUGUUCACCGGCUCCAUUAGAGUCAGAACUGGAUACGAAAUCCUUCGUAUUUCCCAUUCCUUACAGCAGAACUUAAACAGAGUAACUGUUCCUUUUCUGGUCCUUCAUGGCACUGCUGAUAAUGUAACAGAUCCUGUUGCCUCUAAGAUGCUCCACCAGGAGGCUUCCUCUUCUGAUAAAUCCUUAAAACUUUAUGAUGGUUUCUUGCAUGAUUUACUCUUUGAACCAGAAAAAGAAGAGAUUAUUAGCUAUAUAAUCAAAUGGUUGACUUCCAGACUUGAAGCAGAGGAACGAUCUUGAAAAAUGUUUCAAGUGGAUUGUUUGGAAACUACACUGAAAGGUUUUUGCAAAAUUUCAAUGUGGCCCAGACAGCAAAGGGAAGUGAUCUUUAGUAUAUAUGUUUAUAAUUUCAUAUUCAAUAAGUGAUCUUUAGUAUAUAUGUUUAUAAUUUCAUAUUUAUUUAAGAAGCCAGCAAUCAAUGGCUUAAUUUGUGAUACUUGAUUGUGAUAAUUUAGGACUUGUCGUAGGAUGUUGAUUUUUUUUUAAAUGGGUAUUUGUUCCUGGAUAAACUCUGGUCGUUGUAAUUAGCGAAUUCGGCCAAGACAGAACU